AUGAUCAGUGGACUCUACAUAUUCGAUGCCAAAGGAGAUGUCCUUAUCUCCAAGCUAUACCGAAGCGGCAUAGGAAGAAACAUCUCAGACGUAUUUCGAAUCCAUGUCAUUUCGGCUGCUUCCAAUCGUUCCGCAAUACGUUCUCCGGUGCUAACCCUCGGAUCCACUUCGUUCAUUUACAUCCGUUCCGGCCACUUGUGGCUCUGUGCCGUGGCCAGGUCAAACCAGGACUGUGCUACUAUCAUGGCGUUUCUUUUCCGGUUAGAAACCUUGCUCAAACUGGUAGUUGGUGAAAAACAUCCGUUGACCUCUGACGCCAUCAUCAACCAUUUUUCCUCCGUCUACGACAUUGUAGACGAAGCUGCCAACUUUGGGUACCCAAUUGACACCAAUCCAUCCUAUUUCCUGGUCCAUGGCUCGUCAGAGCUGCUGGGUUCAUUUUUAAAACGACCCAAAAGUUUGGCGAAAAAACGCUCUUCAGGCACAAUUGCUACUUUGGGGCUCCCCAAAAUCGGCAAUACUUCCUCUGCUUCACUUGACCGAACCGCAGGCCACGACACAGGUGUAUCGUGGCGACAACCAGGCAUAAAAUACCGCCGGAAUGAAGUUUUCGUGAAUAUCGAAGAAAAGGUUUCGGCACUCAUAAGUCCAGAAGGUGGGCUGGUACUUCGUUCUUCCGUCGAUGGUACCGUUAACAUGCGAACACAUUUAUCUGGAAUGCCUGAGUGCAGAUUUGGGUUGGGUGACGACUGUGUUUUCCUCAGCUCGGCAUCGUCGCAUCUGUCAGAUACAGAUUCCGGAGUGGUUUUGGAAAAUACAAAACUUCACCAUUCCGUUGACCUUUCACGUUUUGACUCGAAUCGAGAGAUUCAGUUCAUUCCUCCGGAUGGAGAAUUCCAGUUGAUGUCGUACCAUUGCCUGUCAAACAUAAAUCUUCCGUUCGACAUCAUUCCAGAAAUACAUCAACUGGGCCACAAAAUCGUCUACAAAAUCAAAAUCAGGUCUCUUUUCCCUUCGAAAAUUGCUGCUACUGGCGUGGUGAUUCGAGUCCCAACUCCUCAGGGAGUAGUGAGAAACUAUGCGUCGCCAACCCAAGGCAAGGCCAAAUUUCACCCCGAAGAAUCUGCCAUUCUUUGGAAAUUUAACAAACUCUUUGGCGACCAACUGCAUACAUUAACUGCUGAAGUUGGUUGGAAUGAAACCACCAAUUAUGAGGACGAAGAUACUGUUCUCAAAUGGCAACGGCCACCGAUAAAAAUCGACUUUCAUCUUGAUAUGUAUGCCUGCUCAGGGCUCACUGUGAAGUUCUUGAAGAUUCACGAUAAGUCCAACUAUCGAACUAUAAAAUGGGUCAACUACAAAUGCACAGCAGGUAACUACAAUGUUCGUUUUUAG